AUGCCUGAAAUUAUUGCGGCUUUUGAUAUGUUUGAAGGAGGAACAGAUUUAGGAACACAGCCGAAACGAGCGAGACCUGACGAGUUAGAUGACGAUACCUCGGAUGACGGCACGUUUGAAGGAAAUUUGGAUGAGAGAUUGAAGAAAAAUACUAAAGAAUUGAUAGCCUUGAAUUCAAGGCUUGCUUCUUUGACGAAGGAGUUAUUUGAAAUACGUCAAAGGCAAANUUGUAAGGAAGAUGUUUGUAAUGAAGAAUUUGUUGGUGGAUGUGAUGAAGAAGCAGUGGGUGGAGUUCCUGAAGAAGUCUUUGAUGAAGAAGUUNUUGGUGGAGGUGAUGAAGAACGAAUGGGUGGAGUUGCCGAAGAAGUCUUAAAUGAAGAAGGGGUUGUUGGAGGUAAUGAUGAAGUUUUUGGUGGCGGAUUGCAAGGAGACCUCACAGCUGCCUUUGAUGAAGAAGUUGUACGGGAUGUAGGAGGUGGAAAUCAUGUUCUUGACCUUAUUGAAAUUAAUGAUGAUGGAGAAGCGGAGGCACCAAAAGCAUUGGUUGUCGCCCCUCUGCGUAGUAUUGUUGGUGAUCCUAGGUCUACCAUCAAUAUUGACCAACUGUACGUCGCUGUCAGCGUUAGAGAUAGAGCGUAUAGGCAGACACUGAGCACAACAUCUAUUAACACCUUAGGUCCUUAUAAAUACGUUGAUAACAUGUUGGUUCUAUUUGCAACCACCAUAUUUAUGCACUACGAGAAAAGGAGGACCGGGAUUGUGAAGAGGAUCCUUUUCAGUUCUUUAUAUGCGGACCUUAUAAUCAGUGAUUAUUUGAAAAAGGAUAAAAAUCGACGUGUUUUCAGUCUUCACAAUUACAGCAGCUGUUUGCGUGCCGAAUACUUUGGCCUUCAAGACAUUGCAACAGCUGACUUUUUGUUUCUUCCAUUUUGCCAUGACAAUCAUUGGUGGUGCUACGUAGUCAAACUAAGCACAUUAGAGAUAUAUGUUCUGGACUCUCUGCUGAAGGCUGUAAGAAACCGGAAAAAGAUAGACAGUCAUGUGGGUGAAAACCUUGCUCGAUUUUUUUGCUUGUUGUACAACAGACCGGAAGGCAGUAUUGGACCUCUGUCUGUUGUACAAGCAAACAUCUCUUCCCAACCAAACCUGCAUGACUGUGGAGUUAUAAUGUUGCAAGCAAUGCAAAUUUGGGAUGGUUCGAAUAAAUUCAAUGGGAAAAGCAUCCCCAAUUACUCUAAUGAGGAAUUGCUUGCAAUAAGAAAGCAAUACGUUUAUGAUUGGAUCUUGGAUAACGACAACAUAAGAAUACUUGAUGCGCUGGAGGUGUACGGAUUGUUGUAG